UUUCUAGUUUAUAUUUUAUUUGCUUUUCAGUUGUAAAUUGAUAGAGGAGGUGCAUUAGAUUUUAGAAGGAAGUCAAAGGAGAUCACACACAAUGAAGAAAGUGUCGGCAUUCUCAGUAUUUAAAGGGAAAAAGGACAAAGGUGAUACCCCAACUAUUGAAAGAAACAGUAGCAAGAGAGGGUCAAUUAAGAAAGCAUCAAGCGAACCAGUUAUCAAUGGGGAGGAUGAUUCCAAGUCUAAAAAACUUCUGAGGGCAAUCAAAGGAGGUAGUUUUAGAAACACAGUAAGGGGCAACAAACAUAGACCAGCAAACCUUGCUGAUGGAACAGGAAACAGCCCUUUUGUAGCUGGAGAUAGUUCAGACGUGAAAUUGACAGCUGUCAAGGGUAAAAAUAAAAAAGAGGAUUCAGUGAACACGUCUCUCAAUGGAACCCCAGCUCUUCCAAAGAAAAGUAGACAGUCUAAAGCAAAUGUAUCAUCAGAGUCCCUAAAUGGAGAACCCUUGUCGUCUACAGAACAGAGCAUUUCACAGACAAAAAAACAAUCAAAGAAACAAGCCUCACCAAAGCAAGCAGAUACUUCAAAAUCUAGCAAACAAAAGAAGGCUCUCCCACCACUUCCUGUUGCUGAUUUCACUGAGACACGAGAACCAGCACACAAGUAA